UGGUCGGGUUAGCGAGAGUUGUCCAACUGGCUGACAGGCGCAGCCGGAGCAGCUUAAAGACUUUGUCUGUCUUUACUUUAAACAGCCCGACAGUUUGACAAGGACAGGCCCCUCACCUGGUUAGCUUUGGCGCUGUGGCCAGGGAGGGUGGUGGAGGAGGUGUAAGUGUAAUUUAACCAGGUUGAAUAGUCUCCACCUGUUAUUCAGCACAUCGAGCGGCUAAAGUCGGCUAGCUCGCGUUAGCCGCUUGUGUCAGUUGGUGCCGCCGCUGCGUAUCAUAGCGAGGUUGUCAACAUGCUGCAGUGAGUGAUGCACAGAGUUUUGAUAUUAAUUAUGGCCGUCAUGGGGGUGCAAGCAUGCUCCAAUUCAGCGGGCUGCCCGACGUUGCAGCCCAAUUCCACCUCCAGGGAUUAUUGUUACACGGCCCGAAUUCGCAGUACAGUGCUCCAAGGCUUGCCUUUCGGAGGGGUGCCUACUGUCCUUGCCCUUGACUUUAUGUGCUUCUUGGGGCUGCUGUUUGUGUUCUCCUUCUUGAGAAAAGUAGCAUGGGACUACGGGCGUCUGGCUCUGGUGACUGACGCUGACAGCAGAAGAAUGGAUCAGCGAUACAGUCGCCUGGAUGAUCGGGAAUAUGUGGCCUCUGCCCUGACAUCAGAUACAUCAGAACGCUAUGAGCGCCUCACUUCAGUUUCCAGCUCUGUGGACAUUGAUCAGAGAGACACAGGCUUCUGCUCCUGGCUAACUGCCAUCUUCCGCAUCAAGGAUGAAGAAAUAAGGGAGAAGUGUGGCGAGGAUGCAGUGCAUUACUUGUCCUUUCAGCGCCACAUCAUUGGCCUGCUAGUAGUAGUGGGCGUGCUCUCUGUGGGCAUUAUCUUGCCCGUCAACUUCUCGGGAAACCUACUUGAAAACGAUGCCUAUAGUUUUGGGCGAACCACUAUAGCAAAUUUGGAUGCAAAAAAUACACUACUGUGGCUCCACACUAUCUUUGCAUUUCUCUACCUGUUACUGACGGUGUACAGCAUGAGACGACACACCUCCAAGAUGCACUACAAGGAGGAUGACCUAGUGAAACGCACUUUAUUUGUCAACGGAAUCUCCAAAUAUGCAGAGGAGUCUGAGAUAAAGCAACACUUUGAGCACGCGUAUGAGAACUGCGUUGUACUGGAAGCUCGUAUCUGUUACGAUGUGGCCAAACUGAUGUAUCUCAACUCUGAGAGGAAGAAGACGGAGCGCAGCAAGAAAUUCUUCAUUGACCAGCAGAGCAGGGACCAUAUUACCACCAUGAUCAAUCCAAAACCCUGUGGACACCUUUGCUGUUGCGUCAUCAAAGGCUGCGAACAGGAAGAGGCAGUGGGCUACUAUACCAAGCUGGAGGCACAACUAAAAGAUGACUACAGGAAGGAGAGGGAAAAGGUCAACAGGAAGCCCUUAGGAAUGGCUUUUGUCACCUUCCAGAAUGAGUCCAUAACUGCCAUAAUCUUGAAAGACUUUAAUGCUUGCAAGUGUCAGGGCUGUCACUGUCGUCGGGAGCCCAAGAGCUCUCUACUCGCUGGCAAACUCCACACAAACAACUGGACAGUCAGCUAUGCCCCUGAUCCACAAAAUGUCUACUGGGAGCAUCUGUCAGUGGGAGGAUUCUCCUGGUGGAUCCGCUGUUUGAUCAUCAACAUUGUCCUCUUCCUCCUCCUCUUCUUCCUCACCACCCCGGCCAUCAUCAUCUCCACCAUGGACAAGUUCAAUGUUACCAAACCAGUGGAGUACCUAAAUAAUCCAAUCAUCACCCAGUUCUUCCCCACCCUCCUUCUGUGGUCCUUCUCUGCCUUACUUCCUACCAUUGUCUACUACUCUGCUUUUUUCGAAGCCCACUGGACCCGGUCAGGAGAGAACAGGACCACAAUGCAUAAAUGCUACACAUUCUUGAUCUUUAUGGUCCUGUUGCUGCCCUCCCUUGGACUAAGCAGUCUGGAUCUUUUCUUCCGUUGGCUUUUUGACAAAAGAUUCUUGGCAGAUGUGUCAGUGAGAUUUGAGUGUGUGUUCCUUCCUGACAACGGAGCCUUCUUCGUAAACUAUGUCAUUGCGUCUGCAUUCAUUGGUAAUGCCAUGGACCUGCUGAGGAUCCCCGGUCUACUUAUGUACAUGAUCCGCCUCUGCUUGGCACGCUCUGCAGCAGAUAGGAGGAAUGUCAAGAGGCACCAAGCCUAUGAGUUCCAGUUCGGGGCAGCAUAUGCCUGGAUGAUGUGUGUCUUCACCGUGGUUAUGACCUACAGCAUCACCUGCCCAAUCAUCGUUCCUUUUGGGCUGAUGUACAUGCUGUUGAAACACUUAGCAGACAGGUAUAACAUGUACUACGCUUAUCUGCCAUCCAAACUGGACAAGAAGAUCCAUUCUGGUGCCGUUAACCAAGUGGUGGCCGCUCCUAUUCUCUGUCUCUUUUGGCUUCUGUUCUUUUCCACUGUUCGCUCGGGGUUUUCAGCCGCAACGUCCAUGUUCACGUUCAUAGUUUUGAUCAUCACAAUCAUUAUCUGCCUCUCUCACGUCUGCUUCGGACAUUUUAAAUAUCUUAGCGCUCACAACUACAAGAUUGACACCCAGGAUGUGGACGGGUUGGAGAAUGGACGUCCAGUAAGAGCUUCUGCCACCAACAAGGCAACACAAAUGUACAUUGCUCAGGUACUCCAAGACCCAAAUUCAGAGGAGGCUGGUUCAGGGAGUGGCGAGGAUGACGGCCAGGGGUCCUCGCAGGACGAGGAAAUAAUCAAUGUGGAAAAUGGCCUGAAUGAGGACUUCCAGUCUGGUGAGGACAGCCUCAUUGAUAAUGAAGUGCGGCACUGACACUGCUUGGAACAGAGUAAAAUCCCCUAAGUUUAACUAGAGGAGUGCACUGAAUAUGUGAAUUAAACCAGGAACUGAAACAACAGUUCUCCAAAGCAUCUCAACCUCUGCAGAGGGACUUUACACUAACAUAAGCACACUGUCUACUAAGGAUUAAAUGGAUUGUCGCUCAGGGACCCUUCACUGGGUCUCAUCAAACAUCUUCUGUCUAUACCUGCAGAGGGAAUCUGACAACGCAAGGGCAGCAACAUCCUUCUGCUCCGAUAUAACUGAGGCACACCCCCAGACACUGCAUAAGGACCCAUGGAAAAAAAAUAAAAAAAGACACUAAUGCACAAAUGAAGAAUACUUUGCCUUGUCUUGUUAGGGGAGUGAUGUUCUGUCUGUAUUUCCUUAACAUUAUUGCACUUGAAAGAGAGGACCUGUCCUAUAAGCUCGAGUUUCACUAAGGUACUGUAGUACAGCAUGCCUUCAAGUUCAAAGGGUGGUGGGAUUUAUCUGUAAUCCUUGGACAGCAUCUCUAAUUGUCUGCACUACUCUAGAUGCUUCUCCUGAAUAAGCGGCUGGCAUGAGAAGAGAACACACCACCGGAUAGCCUGGUGUGUUCCGAUGUAAUGUUCUCAAAAUGGUUCUUCCAAUUCCAUAAAAGCCUUUCAAAAGAAAAGAGGAAAAAAAAUCAUUGCUACUAACACUCCUGGAUGCUUUGACACUGUAUGACUACAAAAAUUUAUAAAUAGCCUUUUCUGACGUGGUAUUUAUUUGUAGGCAUUGAAUUUUAAAUGCUAUCGAGCGCAAUAUACCCCUAAACUGUGGAAGAAGAUGAAUCUCUAUCUUGGAACACUACACUUAUGAUCUUUAGACAUUCAGUCUCUGAGCCUUUGUUGGGACUUGGUGUUGGACUGCUGCUACUGAUGCAGGAGGACUGAAGGCCAGGAGCCUGCUGAUCCUUUUGUGUUGCUCAGAGGAUGGAGAGAAAGGCCUUUUGAGGUUUUUCUGGGUCAGUUUCACAUGAUACUCAUUAUAACUGGUCCUCUUUAUCUGUUUUCAUUUGUAUGUUUUUGUUCAUAUGUUUACGUCUUCAUGUAGGGAUUUUGAAUUCAGCAUUCAGUUUAGGUGGCUACUGUUUUACGAAUGAGAUAAAAUAUAUCACUCAGCUCUCUGUCAGGUCUUCUUCAGUGUAACACUUCAUCAUGUAGGUAGCAUAUUGUAAGUUCCAGUGGGUCAUUGUUACAGUUUCCCAUUUGCCAGCACUCUGUGCCGAGUUGUACAUUGUUUAGUUAAAAUUACACAAUUUUGUGAUAGCAUAUCAAAUCUUAGGCAAGGCCACUCAAGAGUUGUAUCAGUGGAUGAGGUCCAGAUCUAUUUAUAAUCACUCAUUUAAACCUUAACCUUAUGCAAAUGAACACUAUUAUUCCCUAAACCACUGACAACAAAAUGGAAGUGUACGGUGUAUUCAUUAUGUUACUUCUGUGGAUUGUUAUAAAGUAAUCAUCUCCCCACAAUUGUACAUUUUCAUUUGCAGAUCCAGUUACUAGCUUUGGAAGACCUCUGCCAGACCAUUAGUAAUGUACUCCACACGUGAUUGUGAAACACGCAGGUUAAAUGUUCCUGAUCUGCCUCAGCCAUAUUAAGCAGCUUCUUUUCAGGCAUCAGGAAGACAGAAAUACACACAUUAACAACACAAACAUCAAGUAACAGACUAUAAUGUGAAACACAGCGCCCACACAGCUACGACCUUACUCAGGAUUUAUCAAGCUUCUUGUUUCUGUCGUCUUCCUCCGUAGUCAAGUCAACACUAUAAACUGCCCCAUUAAACACAAAGAUUGUUGGUAUAGCAAGGCAGUGCUGCAGACACAGUACCACUACAGUCUGCCACUAUGGACCAAUUAUUACUGUGAUUAUUGGACCAUAAUAUAAAACCUGUGUUAUCCAGCUGCUCAGAGAACCAUUGUGGGAAAUGUGCACUAAUCUUACUUUCACUUAAAUGAUUGACAGAGAAGGGCACGCAUGAUAAUCCAUAAUUUGUCCAUGGGUAUAUUAGCACCACAUAUGGGUAUAUUAUUAUGGUACUAACAAGAGAAUUGUUUGACACCACUGAGUCUUGUGCUCUUCUAGUCAUGAUAAAGUGAUUUUAUAUUUUAUACCUCUUCAUUUCUUUUUUUAUACCUCUGAGAUGUCUUGAACUCUCUGAAUGUGUCCUGUCAAAAUAACACAUACUGUCCAGGUCUGAAGGAGAUGCUUCAAAAUGUCAUCUUGUCUAACAACUCCAGUGCUUAAACGCUGAAUGUAGGUUAAUCCCACAAAGAACAGUUCACUAGCUAACCAGAAAUUGUACAUUUUCUACUAUGACAAAACUUGGUGUUCAUUCCCAUGUAAAGGCAUUUCGUUUGAAUACAGAUCUACAUUUGUCAGUCUGAGGAUCGCAAUGUUUUCCAGUAGUCUUGUGCUAAAAUGUGCAAUGUUCUUGUGCAAGGAAACUUUUAUUUUAAGUUCUCUUCAUAAGGUCUGUAUGGAGAGCGGGAAUCACUGGAAAUAAAUGGAUUGUUU